AUGGCUUACUUAUCUUUAAAAGAUGAGACGAUUCAAGAACUACAAAAUAUCGCUCAUCGCCUGCGGAUACAUGCGAUAACUUCUACUCAAGCUUCAAAAUCUGGUCAUCCGACGUCAUGCUCGUCUAUUGCGGAAAUAAUGUCAGUAUUAUUCUUCUAUACGAUGCGUUUGAAUUUGCAAAGUCCCCGCGAUCCAGCAAGUGAUCGAUUAAUAUUAUCAAAAGGUCAUGCUGCCCCCAUUUUAUAUGCAGCUUGGGCCGAAGUGGGUCUCUUUCCGGUAGAAAAUUUGCUAAAUUUACGUAGAUUCGAUAGCGAUUUGGAAGGUCAUCCCACACCGCGUUUAAAUUUCAUCGAUGUCGCUACCGGUUCGUUGGGCCAAGGCGUGGCGGUAGCCGCUGGUAUGGCAUACGUGGGCAAGUAUUUCGAUAAAUCCAAUUACAGAAUUUAUGUCGUGGUUGGCGAUGGUGAAUCGGCCGAAGGUUCGGUGUGGGAGUCUCUACACUUUGCUGCUCACCACAAAUUAGAUAAUCUAUGUAUAAUUUUCGAUGUUAAUCGUCUGGGACAAUCGGGUCCCACUUCAUUGGGACACCAAACGGAUAUUUACCGUCAACGUCUGGAAGGAUUCGGUUGCAAUGUUUACGUCAUUAAUGGUCAUGAUGUGGAAGAUCUCCUUGAAGCGUUCCAUGAAGCAGCUUAUACUAAAAAGAAACCGACUGCCAUUAUUGCUAAAACUUUUAAAGGUAAACAUUUCCCAAAUAUCGAAGAUAUGGAGUGCUGGCAUGGGAGACCUUUAGGUGAUAAGGCCGAGGACGUUAUCAAACAUUUGCAAGAUCUGAUUGUAGAAGCGGAUGGUCAUGAGUUGACGAUCAAAAAUUUGUCAAUUAUUGCACCAGUGCCCAAUGUCGACAUUACCAAUGUUAAAUUGUCUACACCCCCUGACUAUAAAAUAGGAGAUGCGAUAGCUACUCGCAUGGCUUAUGGUUCAGCAUUGGUAAAAUUAGUCGAAUAUAAUGCUUGCGUUAUCGCUUUAGAUGGAGACUCAAGCAACUCGACAUUCUCGGAAAAGUUGAAGAAAGCUUUCCCUAACAAUUUCAUUGAGUGUUUUACAGCCGAACAAAAUUUAGUAGGUGCAGCUAUUGGUGCUGCCUGUCGCGAUCGCACUAUAGUUUUCGCUUCAACAUUUGCGGCCUUCUUCACGCGGGCUUUCGAUCAAUUACGGAUGGGAGCGAUUUCUGGAACAAAUGCUAACUUCGCUGGCUCGCAUUGUGGCGUAAGUAUUGGUGAAGAUGGCCCAUCUCAGAUGGGUCUCGAGGAUAUAGCAUUGUUUCGAGCCCUACCUGGCAGUACUGUAUUCUAUCCGACUGAUGCUGUAAGUUGUGAACGAGCCGUUGAAUUGGCUGCCAACACUAAGGGUAUUUGUUUUAUACGCACAUCACGACCGAAUACUGCCGUUAUAUACGAUAACGAUGAGACUUUUGCAGUAGGAAAAGCACAUAUUUUAAAACAAUCUUCAGAAGAUCAAAUCCUACUUAUUGGUGCCUGCGUAACCCUAUUGGAAUGUUUAAGGGCAGCGACAGGAUUGGAAAAAAUAGGCAUGCAUGCCCGUGUACUUGAUCCAUUCACUAUUAAACCUCUCGAUCGGGAGUCAAUUUUGGAAAAUGGUUACGCAUGCUAUGGCCUCAUACUUGUUGUCGAAGAUCAUUAUCAGCAGGGAGGGCUGGGUGAAGCUGUACUUAGCGCUUUGGCUGAUAGACGCGGCUUUAUUGUCAAACAUUUGUUUAUACCCAGCGUACCACGAUCAGGGGACGCAUAUACUCUUUUGGAUCGCUUUGGAAUUUCCGCCCGUCAUAUAUUUAAGGCAGCAAAAGAAAUUAUUGAGACAGACUCUACUGUUUUUUGA